GAGGCUUCGAGCCUGCCUCCGCACUGCAGAACUGGAAUGGGUUUCGGUGGGACAUAACGGCGUACGACAGCGACAAUUGGUCCUUCCACGGUUAUCAGCCCCGCUGCCGUGCUUGCUGUGUCCCGAUAAGCCCUAAGCUCUCGGAAGGCCUGGGAUCUCCUUCCCAAGGCUGUUGGCUCGUCCCGCCAUGGCUUUCUCGUUUCGUUUCGGUGUCGUCUGUGCUUUCCUAUCCUUUCUCUAUGGCUUGGGCGUCUGGGCGUAUAUCCCGGCGUCGCCGACCAACAGUUCUACAGGAGUCGCAGGCGGUCCGAAUAUCUCAGAUGUGUCUAUGCUCUACUUAGAGUGGUACAUGGGAUCAUACUCGGAAACCGUCUCUUAUCAGCUCGUUGGGAAUGGGAGCAACGGGGUCAGCCAGGGAGCCCUAGUACACUUUUCGGAAGAAAUGAGCUGGAAUAAUGAGACGACCACCACGCCCUGGAUCGCUCUUGUUGCAUGCGACAAAAACGCUACCAAUGCCUCGCAGGUCGACGAUAUCUUCACCCUAGCUCGGGAUAGAGGCGCGAAAGCUGCUCUGCUGUAUUCCGAGUACUCGCAGGCAUGCGUGAUCAACCCGGACUAUGCCAACCCCGAGAACUUCGAGCAGGUGAUGGACAUAUUCUCGACCCAGUCACUUACGUCCGCAAAACUCAUAGAGUACCAAUUCAACUCGUCUGCUAUCAAUAAAACCCUCUACGGGAACUACAAUGCCUCCCUCCUGAACGCCUCCGCCGCUAUUAUCAACAACACCAUGUCCACCGGCCUGAUGAAUGUGUCGAGUUUCAUGUUCGCCGAGCUCAAGGCGUACAAUGCUACGGGGACCGGAGCUGUGGAUGGAGGGGGCGGCGACACCCCCACAGGGUCUACUUCCGCGGAACAGGGUUCAGGUAGCAACAGGAAUUCUAGCCUUGCCAUGAUCAUCCUGUAUGCUAUCACGGGAUGUGUGUCGUCUCUCUUCUGCGUUGUGAUCAUCACCGGAGCUAUCCGAGCAAUCCGGCACCCGGAGAGGUAUGGGCCUCGGAUGGGUGACUUCAACGGUCGCGGGUCGUUUACGCAGAGUCGUGCUCAAGGUCUCGGACGUGCUAUCCUUGACACUUUCCCUGUGGUCAAGUUCGGGCAGAAUAAUAACAGAGAGCGUGGCCAGGAUAGCACGCAGGACACCAAAGACAUCGAGUUGGGAGAGGCUCCGGCGUUGUCUCACACAGGUCGGCAGACACCUGGAGACAACAAGGACGCUGCCGACGAGCGGCGGGUGGAGCGGAGUGAAGGCGGCCACGAAGCUCUGCCUGCGUCGCAGGACGGAGAGGAUGCAGAGCAGAGUCAAGCCAGCACAUCGCGAGUGGUGCCUACCCGUCGACCAUCUGGACGGGCACGCCCCGCGGAAGAUGUCGUCCCGGAUGUCAUUGGACGCGAAACGUGUCCUAUAUGCAUUCUGGACUUCGAAGAGGGGGAUGACUUGAGGGUGUUGCCUUGCGAGGGGAAGCAUAUGUUCCACAAGCAGUGCGUCGAUCCGUGGCUGCUCGAGCUGUCCAGCUCGUGUCCGAUCUGUCGUCACGACUUCCACGCACUCGAGACGAUGAUGCAAGGCGAAGGGCAUGGGCCGCCCCACGAUUUCCACCAGAACCACAGGGACUCGAGCGGCGGUGGGAACCGGUUCUCGCGGUAUCUGAGAUCCGCCAUACGUCGCCGCCGGUAUCGCGAAGAAGCCGCCGGGUAUGAUCCUACGGACCCUUACAUGCCUUAUGCCCCUGAGACGGGCCUUUAAAGUGUAUCGAUAACUGUUCUCUGUUGUGUCAUAGUUCUGGGAACGCUGCUUGUGUACUAAUAUCGGUGUAUAUGUAUGCUAGGACGAUCUAAUCGAUGGUUAUCAAUCCAACGC